AUGAACAACAACCCCGAACCCCCUGACCGAGGCCGCCCGGCGCCGCCCUGGGGAGACCCGAGGCGAACAGGGGAACUCCAGGGCGACGUGGAGGAGAGGACAGCAACCAGGGGAUGGAAGCGCCCGUCGGAGUCUGGCCCCAAGAGGCUCAGAGAGACGGCACUAGACACACAACACCCACAUCUCCGUAUCCUACACCACAGUCAAGAGCAGUGCCUCUUAGGCACGCCCAGCAAACGCCAACGGUGCGGAUCACUUUCGACGGAGGAACGGAGGCACACGCCCGGAGCCCUGCAGGAAAGACCCUGCGCGAGGCGGGCCGGAGAGGGGCUGGAGCUGCGGCCCAGAGGACAACACGAGUGGCCGAGGGUGCAGCAGGAGCUGCAGGCGGGGGGGCAGAAGGAGCUGCAGGCGGGGGCGCAGCAGGAGCUGCAGGCGGGGGGGCAGCAGGAGCUGCAGGCGGGGGGGCAGCAGGAGCUGCAGGCGGGGGGGCAGCAGGAGCUGCAGGCGGGGGGGCAGCAGGAGCUGCAGGCGGGGGGACAGCAGGAGCUGCAGGUGGGGGGGCAGCAGGAGCCGGCCGGAGGGCGGCAGGCGCAUGAGGCGAUGGAGGUGGAGCAGGGGGCCGGGGAGCAGCAGGAGUUGCGUGCUGGGGGGCAGCAGAAGCUGCAGGCGGGGGGACGGCAGGAGCUGCAGUCGCGGGGACAGCAGGAGCUGCAAGAGGAGGGUCAGCAGGAGCUGCAAGCAGGGGGGCAGCAGGAGCUGCAGGCGGGGGGGCAGCAAGAGCUGCAUGAGCUGGAGGUGGAGAUGGAGGAGCCACAAGAGGAGGCGCGAGGGGAGCUGCCGGUAGGCGUGCAGGAGGGGAGUCAAAUUGGGAAUCAACCCCAGUCGCAGGAAGGGCGGCGGCAAGGGUGUCAUGAGGCGAACCAGCCCUUGACUGGAAGCGUACAACAGGGGUUGCCGAUGGGGGAGUCGCAGGAGUUGCAGGUGCAGGAUCAGCAGGGGGUCACUAGCCCGGGCGGCACGGGCCAAGCGGAAAGGCCGCGGGCGCGGCGCCGAAGGGGGCGACAACAGGGAGGGCAGAGGGCCGGGGGCCAGCCAGGGGUGACCGGAGCAUCCGAGGGAGAGAUACAGCCAGGGGGGCAGCCGGGGGUGACCGGAGCACCCCUGGGAGCGCUACAGCCAGGGGGGCAGCCAGGGGUGACAGGAGCACCCCACGGAGCGCUACAGCCAGGGGGGCAGCUGGGGGCGAUUGGAGCACCCCAGAGAGAGCAGCAGCCAGGGGGGCAGCCGGGGGUGACCGGAGCACCCCGGGGAGUGCUACAGCCAGGGGGGCAGCCGGGGGUGACAGGAGCACCCAACGGAGCGCUACAGCCAGGGGGGCAGCUGGGGGCGAUUGGAGCACCCCAGAGAGAGCAGCAGCCAGGGGGGCAGCCGGGGGUGACCGGAGCACCCCGGGGAGUGCUACAGCCAGGGGGGCAGCCGGGGGUGACUAGAGCACCCCUGGGAGUGCUACAGCCAGGGGGGCAGCCGGGGGUGACCGGAGCACCCCUGGGAGUGCUACAGCCAGGGGGGCAGCCGGGGGUGACAGGAGUACCCCACGGAGCGCUACAGCCAGGGGAGCAGGUGGGGGCGAUUGGAGCACGCCAGAGAGAGCAGCAGCCAAGGGGGCAGCCGGGGGUGACCGGAGCACCCCGGGGAGUGCUACAGCCAGGGGGACAGCCGGGGGUGACCGGAGCACCCCAGGGAGCGCUACAGCCAGGGGAGCAGCUGGGGGUGACCGGAGCACCCCUGGGAGUGCUACAGCCAGGGGGGCAGCCGGGGGUGACCGGAGCACCCCAGGGAGCGCUACAGCUAGGGGAGCAGCUGGGGGUGACCGGAGCACCCCUGGGAGUGCUACAGCCAGGGGGGCAGCCGGGGGUGACCGGAGCACCGCAGGGAGCGCUACAGCCAGGGGAGCAGCUGGGGGUGACCGGAGCACCCUUGGGAGUGCUACAGCCAGGGGGGCAGCCGGGGGUGACCGGAGCACCCCACGGAGCGCUACAGCCAGGGGAGCAGCUGGGGGUGACCGGAGCACCCCUGGGAGUGCUACAGCCAGGGGGGCAGCCGGGGGUGACAGGAGCACCCCAGGGAGCGCUACAGCUAGGGGAGCAGCUGGGGGUGACCGGAGCACCCCUGGGAGUGCUACAGCCAGGGGGGCAGCCGGGGGUGACAGGAGCACAUCAGGGAGCGCCUUGGCCAGGGGAGCAGCUGGGGGCGAUUGGAGCACCCCAGAGAGAGCAGCAGCCAGAGGGGCAGCCGGGGGUGACCGGAGCACCCCUGGGAGCUCUACAGCCAGGGGGGGAGCUGGGGGUGUCCGGAGCACCCCAGGGAGCGCUACAGCUAGGGGAGCAGCUGGGGGUGACCGGAGCACCCCUGGGAGUGCUACAGCCAGGGGGGCAGCCGGGGGUGACCGGAGCACUGCAGGGAGCGCUACAGCCAGGGGAGCAGCUGGGGGUGACCGGAGCACCCUUGGGAGUGCUACAGCCAGGGGGGCAGCCGGGGGUGACCGGAGCACCGCAGGGAGCGCUACAGCCAGGGGAGCAGCUGGGGGUGACCGGAGCACCCCUGGGAGUGCUACAGCCAGGGGGGCAGCCGGGGGUGACAGGAGCACACCAGGGAGCGCGACAGCCAAGGGAGCAGCUGGGGGCGAUUGGAGCACCCCAGAGAGAGCAGCAGCCAGGGGGGCAGCCGGGGGUGACUGGAGCACCCCUGGGAGUGCAACAGCCAGGGGGGCAGCCGGGGGUGACCGGAGCACCCCUGGGAGUGCUACAGCCAGGGGGGCAGCCGGGGGCGACCGGAGCACCCCAGGGAGCGCUACAGCUAGGGGAGCAGCUGGGGGUGACAGGAGCACCCCUGGGAAUGCUACAGCCAGGGGGGCAGCCGGGGGUGACUGGAGCACCCCGGGGAGUGCUACAGCCAGGGGGGCAGCCGGGGGUGACAGGAGCACAUCAGGAAGCGCUACAGCCAGGGGAGCAGCUGGGGGCGAUUGGAGCACCCCAGAGAGAGCAGCAGCCAGGGGGGCAGCCGGGGGUGACCGGAGCACCCCUGGGAGUGCUACAGCCAGGGGGGCGGCCGGGGGUGACCGGAGCACCCCGGGGAGUGCUACGGCCAGGGGGGCAGCCGGGGGUGACUGGAGCACCCCUGGGAGUGCUACAGCCAGGGGGGCAGCCGGGGGUGACCGGAGCACCCCUGGGAGUGCUACAGCCAGGGGGGCAGCCGGGGGUGAUCGGAGCACCCCUGGGAGCGCUACAGCCAAGGGAGCAGCUGGGGGCGAUCGGAGCACCCCAGAGAGAGCAGCAGCCAGGGGGGCAGCCGGGGGUGACUGGAGCACCCCUGGGAGUGCAACAGCCAGGGGGGCAGCCGGGGGUGACCGGAGCACCCCUGGGAGUGCUACAGCCAGGGGGGCAGCCGGGGGUGACCGGAGCACCCCAGGGAGCGCUACAGCUAGGGGAGCAGCUGGGGGUGACAGGAGCACCCCUGGGAAUGCUACAGCCAGGGGGGCAGCCGGGGGUGAUCGGAGCACCCCAGAGAACACAGCAGCCUGGGGGGCAGCCGGGAGCGACCGGAGCACCCCAGAGAACACAGCAGCCUGGGGGGCGGCCGGGAGUGACCGGAGCACCCGAGGGAGAGCAGCAGCCAGGGGGGCAGCCGGGGGUGACCAAAGCACCCCACGGAGUGCUACAGCCAGGGGGGCAGCCGGGGGUGACCGGAGCACCCCAGGGAGUGUUACAGCCAGGGGGGCAGCCGGGGGUGACCGGAGCACCCCUGGGAGUGCUACAGCCAGGGGAGCAGCUGGGGGUGACCGGAGCACCCCUGGGAGUGCUACAGGCAGGGGGGCAGCCGGGGGUGACCGGAGCACCCCAAGGAGUGCUACAGCCAGGGGGGCAGCCGGGGGUGACCGGAGCACCCCUGGGAGUGCUACAGCCAGGGGGGCAGUCGGGGGUGACAGGAGCACCCCAGGGAGCGCUACAGCCAGGGGAGCAGCUGGGGGCGAUUGGAGCACCCCAGAGAGAGCAGCAGCCAGGGGGGCAGCCGGGGGUGACCGGAGCACCCGUGGGAGUGCUACAGACAGGGGGGCAGACGGGGGUGACUGGAGAACCCCAGGGAGUGCUACAGCCAGGGGGGCAGCCGGGGGCGACCGGAGCACCCCUGGGAGUGCUACAGCCAGGGGGGCAGCCGGGGGUGACCGGAGCACCCCAGAUAGAGCAGCAGCCAGGGGGGCAGUCAUUGGACGACCGGGAGCAGCAGUUGGAGGAGUGGUGCCGACUUUUGGAGUUUGAUACCCCCAUGGCGACUGCGGAGGAGUCAGAGGCGGACAAAGAACCUCCCAUGCAGCCUUCCCCAUGCCCUCGUUUUCCGUGUGACACGUGUUUUCACACGUUCGCUACGCGAGGGGCUGCUGCGAACCACAUGAGGGUAUGCCGGGCGGCUGAGGCGGAGAGGCGCGCGCAGGCACUUGGCUCGACCCCGUCACUGGUGGAGACCGACACGCAGGAGCGACCGACGCCGCGGGAAUUUGGGGACGAGGCGUGGGCCGAGGUUACGUCUUGGGAAUGGGAAGCAUUUUUCAGUGUGGAGGCGGUUGGAGGGAGGACAGUGCGCCGGAUCCCACAGCGGGCUCGGUCGGGGGUCUUAGACGCGCUCUGUUGCGUCUUAAAGCGUUUGAAGAGCCGGCCGGGGGAUGAAGCCGCUACCCUACUACUCUUGGCUUUUCCGCGCCUCAUCCUAGCCGUGCCUCCCAAGCCAGGCAUAGGACAGAAGGCGCUGAUCAUAGAGCGGUUGGGGGCGUUUUGGGAGGGGAGGUGGCGGGAGCUGUUCGACUCCGCCAUGGUGGCGGCGCGGCCAGCAGUACGCCCACUUGCCUACACUUGCUCUGACCAGGACCCGGAUGCCAUCCGCCUGUCACGGUGCCGAUCUCGGUGUAAAGUGGGAGAGUGGAGCCGCGGAUUGGCUUGCCUUACGGCAGGGGAGUUGGCCCGGCCGUCUGAGGCCAUGGUGCAGUCGCUGCGAGAGAAGCACCCUGCUAGCACUAGCGAGGUACCACAGUGGGUCCGUGAUUUCACCGUCGAUGCUCCUCAGCGGCCUCCACUCACGGCCGACAUCCUGGCCAGAACUAUCCAUACAGCCGCUCGCGCUUCAGCAGCAGGGCCAUCGGGGUGGGUCACGGAGCAUCUGCGCGACACCUUCCUCACUGAACCUUCCUGCCUUUCCCACCUGUUGGAGGUGUUCAACCAAUGGGUGGUGGGACAGGUCCCCGAGCGGGCUCGGCCCUGGCUCGCCGCAUCCAACCUAGUUGGGCUUUCCAAGCCUAACGGCGACGUCCGGCCGGUCGCGAUUGGGGAAGUGCUUCCGCGUAUCCUUGCUCGAGCUCUCUGCAUCUCGCUCCGCCCUGCGAUGGCUUCCUACUUUCUGCCGUGCAACCAGCUGGGAGCGGGCACCAGGGCCGGGGUAGAGAUUCUUACCCAUUCUUUCCGGUCAGCGCUGGCUACUCACCCCGACUGGUGUGCGCUGCAGAUAGAUGUCGCGAACGCUUUCAAUUCGUUUCACCGUCAUGCGAUGUUUGAGGGGCUGCGGGAGUCGCCUUUCUCAGGGUUGAUCCCAUUCUUACGUGUUUUCUACGGGACACCUAGCGAUCUGUACCUCCGAGCGGGCCCUUUCGUACAGAGCCUUGAGUCGGCACGAGGAUCGCGGCAGGGGGACCCGCUCGGCCCUUUUCUUUUCGCGUUCACGCAGCAGCAGGUGAUGGAGUCGGUGACUAGAGAGUUCAGGGACCUACAUUUCCUGAGCUACGCAGACGAUACCUAUAUCCUGGGACCGGCGGCUAGGAUUCUAGAGGCGUUUGGGGUGCUGCGGAAGCGGUUGGAAUGGGUGGGGCUGGAGGUGCAGGCGCACAAGUGCCGGUUUUGGGAGCGCGAGGGCGGGGAUGUGGAGCUGGCAUUGCCAUUGGGGAUGCAGCGGGUGGAGGAGGGUCUCACAGUGGUGGGUGUGCCUAUUGGGGAGGAGGGUUGGGAGGUGACCCGGUUACGGGAGCGGCUUAGACAGUUGCAGGCGCCAUUGCCAUGGCUCCCCCUGCUCGACCACCCCCAGAUGGCUUCACAUCUCCUCGCCAUUGCAGUUUCAGCACGGCCGAUGUACCUGGCCCGGACUAUGCCGCCGCGUCCGGAGGUGGUGGAGGCCUUCAGGGAUUGGGAUAGCUGUCUGGAGGAUUGCUUUGAGCAGCUUUUCCCACCUGGCACUUGGGAGCAUGACCCCGACCGGUCUAGGCGCGCGCGCAUGCAGCUGCAUCUCCCUGUGCGACUCGGAGGGUUUGGGAUCCGGGCAGCAGCCUCUUUGAGUCCGCUGUCCUAUGUUUGUGGGUGGGCACAGGCCACGCGUGAUAUUGCACAGUUGGGGGUGGCGGGCGAGGAGGCGAUGUUUGCAGAGUACCUCACCACUUCGGCAGGGGCGGAGUUUCUUGACCCGUGGUUUGCCAAGGCUCUUGAGCAGCUGCCUGCGACUAUACGCCAGGAGAUGCCGGGCUUACCUCUGUGCGUAGCGGCCCCUCCUCUUCGGCUUUUCCAGGCGCGGCAGCGGUUGUUGGCGGUAGAGGAGCUCCAGACACUGCGUCGCUCGGCUCGUGACGAUGCCACCCUGGCCCGUUUCACAUCCCUUCAGGGCCCGGGGGCUGGUGCAUGGGUUUCGGCGGUUCCGGCUCACUCAGAUCUCACAUUCACUGCGGCGGAGUGGGGCAUUGCUGCUGCUAUACGGCUCGGGCUCCCAAUUCAGCAGCUGCAGGUGGCGGGGAGGUGUGUUUGUGGCACAGCAUAUGUUGACUCAGCAGACCCGCAUCAUGCCCUGAGAUGCAAGCACCAGCAUGGUCCAUCUCGGGUACAUGAUGAGGUGAAGUUUGCGGUGGCGAAGAUCUCUAAGGCGUCUGGGGGGGUGGUGACAAUGGAGGAUAGUGUGGUGCUGCAGGGGAAGCGGGUUGAUGUGGCGGUGCGACGACCAAUGGCUGGAGAGGCUCACGCCCUGGAGAUCAGCGUCGCGGACCCGCUAUCGCUGUCUCAAUCUUUGCUAGGACAGUGCGGGCGUCAAAUAGGCGUGGCGGCAAGAGAAUGGGAGCGUCGUAAAACGAGCGAUUACGCGCCUCUGCUUGCACGCAACCGGGGCGUGCAGUUCACUCCUCUGAUAGUGGAGACGUGGGGGUGUCUCGGCGGUCGCUUUCGGAGGUGGCUUCGUCAGCAGGGAGAUGCGCACGUGGGGCUAGCUGUGUCGCGGGGGGCUUGUCGGGAGGACGACACUGUGUUUUCGGCUUAUCUUCUAGGGUCACUGAAGGCGCUCAUCGGGGUGGCGUUGCAACGUGCGCAAGCCCGUGUCAUCCUGCUUCGAGCGGCGUCUUCUAUGGGGGGGAUUAACGUUGACUUGGUGGACCGGGAGUGGGACGAUGGCGAUGCGGAAGGCGGGGCUCUCUGGGUGGAGGCCCCGUACAUGGUGGAUUCGCUGUUGUGA